GCCAAAGCUUCGUCUUCAGAAAACUACGACUCCCAGAAGCCUUUGGGUGGCAGGAUUGGAAGAAGCCUCAGAAAAGGGGUGGAGUCCAGGGGGAAGAAGUCGUUGGCCGAUUCCAUGGUCCUGAGUGGAGGGACCACCUGGGCGGCCGUGGACGGAUCGGCGUUCUGAUUGGUUGUAACUAGAAAGGGCGUCCGCCGUGGGGUUGGUACGGUCCUCGGGGGCGGGGACCCAGCGGCGGCCGCUCGAAUUUCCCGGGUUGGGCGCGCGGGGACUGCCGGGAGGCUCUCGGGACGGUUACCCACCGGGCCAGCCGUGGUCGGGAGUCGGGUUUCGACAUGCAGAGCACUGACCUGGGCAACAAGGAGAGCGGCAAGAUAUGGCACCGCAAGCCGUCGCCGGCCACUCACGACGGAAUUAUAGUGAACAUUGUUCACAGCACUUCCGAAUAUCACCCGAAAGCUUUGCGGUUUUUGAAUGUGGCUUUUGAUGGCUCAGGCGACUCCUUCAUUGCUGGGGACCACCAGGGAAACAUCUAUACUUUUGACUUGCAUGGAAACAGGUUUACUCUUGUUCAACGAACAGCGCAAGCUUGCACAGCCCUGGCCUUUAAUCUUCGUAGGAAGUCAGAGUUCCUUGUGGCAUUAGCUGACUAUUCCAUUAAAUGUUUUGAUACAGUCACCAAGGAGCUGGUUAGCUGGAUGAGAGGACAUGAAUCGUCAGUGUGUUCCAUCUCUGUACACGCAUCCGGAAGAUACGCCAUCACUACUUCCUCGGACACAGCUCAGCUCUGGGACUUGGAUACUUUCCAGAGGAAGAGAAAGCUGAACAUCCGCCAGUCUGUGGGGAUACAGAAGGUUUUCUUUCUCCCAUUCAGUAACACGAUCCUCAGCUGUUUUAAAGACAACUCCAUCUUUGCCUGGGAGUGUGAUACUCUGUUUUGCAAGUACCAGUUGCCAGCUCCACCUGAAGGCUCUAGCAUCCUAUACAAAGUGUUUGCUGUGACCAGAGACGGCCGGAUCUUGGCUGCUGGAGGCAAAUCCAACCACCUGCAUUUGUGGUGCUUGGAGGCCACGCAGCUCUUCAGAAUCAUCCAGAUGCCUACUAAGGUCCGAGCUGUUCGCCAUCUGGAAUUCCUUCCUGAUAGCUUUGAUGCUGGUUCCAAUCAGGUUCUUGGUGUGCUCAGUCAAGACGGGAUCAUGCGAUUUGUCAACAUACAGACUUGUAAACUUCUCUUUGAAAUUGGGAGCGUCGAAGAAGGAAUUAGCUCAUCAGUAAUUAGCCCACACGGUCGGUACAUAGCAUCUAUUAUGGAAAAUGGAAGUCUGAACGUCUAUUCAGUUCAGGCUUUAACACAAGAAAUAAAUAAGCCACCUCCUCCCUUGGUUAAAGUGAUUGAAGAUUUGCCUAACAAUAAACUGCGAUCCAGUAAUCUUAAAAUGAAAAUAAUGUCAGGGAGAGUACAGCGACCAGCAAGAUCUAAAGAGAGCAAAAUUCAAACUAGAAUACUCAAGCAAGACCUGACGGGUAAUUUAGAAAACAAAGAGAAUGAAUUGUCCGAAGGAGUAAAUAAAAAACGUUUGCAAAUCUUAUUAAAAGGCUAUGGGGAAUAUCCGACAAAGUACAGAAUGUUUAUUUGGCGCUCCCUACUACAACUGCCUGAAAACCAUACAGCAUUUAGUAGUUUGAUGGAUAAGGGGACUCAUGUGGCUUAUCUGAACCUUCAGAAGAAAUACCCCAUCAAAAGUAGAAAACUACUGAGAAUAUUGCAGAGAACCCUCUCUGCAUUAGCUCACUGGUCUGCCAUCUUCAGCGACACUCCAUAUCUUCCACUCUUGGCUUUUCCAUUUGUGAAAUUGUUCCAGAACAAUCAGCUCAUCUGUUUUGAAGUUGUUGCUACUCUCAUAAUCAAUUGGUGUCAACAUUGGUUUGAGUACUUUCCUAACCCUCCCAUCAAUAUUCUUAGCAUGAUAGAAAAUGUUUUGGCAUUUCAUGACAAGGAGCUGCUACAGCACUUUAUAGAUCGAGAUGUGACUUCCCAGCUGUAUGCCUGGCCUCUCCUGGAAACUGUGUUCUCAGAAGUGCUGACCAGAGAGGAGUGGCUCCGACUGUUCGACAACGUCUUCUCCAAUCACCCUUCCUUCCUCCUGAUGGCCGUGGUGGCCUACAACACCUGCUCUAGGGCCCCUUUGCUCAACUCGACUCUCAAAGAUGAUUUUGAGUAUUUUUUUCACCAUCGGAAUAACCUGGACAUAAAUGUUGUAAUUAGAGAAGUUUAUCAUCUCAUGGAGACUACACCUGCUGAUAUUCAUCCAAGUAGCAUGCUGGAUGCUUUUGUUGCAUUGACAAAAGGGCAAUAUCCCAUAUUUAAUCAAUACCCGAAGUUUAUCGUGGACUAUCAGACACAGGAACGAGAAAGGAUCAGGAAUGAUGAAUUGGAUUUCCUGAGAGAGAGGCAAACAGUGGAAAAUAUGCAAGCUGAAGUGGAUGAGCAGAGAGCUGAAGAUGAGGCUUGGUACCAGAAGCAAGAGCUGCUCCGGAGAGCAGAGGAGACAAGAAGAGAGAUGCUUCUGCAGGAGGAAGAGAAAAUGGCCCAGCAGAGACACAGACUAGCUGCUGUGAAAAGAGAGCUGAAGAUGAAGGAAAUAUGCUUACAGGAUGCUGCUAGGAGGCGUCUUCUGAAGCUCCAGCAAGAUCAGCGUGAAGUGGAGCUGCGCAGGCUGGAGGACGAAAUUGAGAGAAAGAUACAAAUGAGAGAUCAAGAAAUCACUGCCACAGCCAAAGACCUGGAAAUGAGACAGCUGGAACUCGAGUCACAAAAACGACUUUAUGAGCAGGAUCUUACUAGAAGUCAAGACACUAUUGCAAAGGAAAUCCAAAAAGAUGCAGCUGCCCAUAGGCAGAAAGUGGCUCUGGAAGACCACAUGUUCCAGAAGCUGCUAGAAACCAGCCAGAUGGGGAGCAGAAGGACUCAGAAGGUAAUUGAGGACAAUUUGGCAAAAGCUGAACAAGCCUGCCUGAAUGCUGACUGGCAGAUCGAGGCUUUACAUAAACAGAAAUGUGACGAUCUGCUGCGCAGCGAGGGCUACCAAGAGGUCGCCACCCUCCUCCGGAAGAACAGACGGAGAGAAAGAGCGCUCUUAAACGCAAUGAUGCGGGAGGAGGCGAAGAAGUGGAAGGAAGCUGAAGGAAAGGAAUUUCACUUGCGAUCAGAAAAGAAAGCCGCUGCCCUUUCCGAUGCCUCUAGGAAGUGGUUUUUAAGGCAGGAGACGAGUGCGGCGUUGGAGCACGGUGGAGAGCCCCUGAGUGAAGGUGAAUCGGAAGCGGAAGUGCCCUGGUUGCAAAGGGAACACAUGGCCUCAAGCUGUUUGCCCCCAACCUCACAACUAGAUGACAUUUCUGAAGUGGACUCCUCCACACAGAUUUUCUCAAGUAGGAAAACAACAGAAUGGAACCACAUGGAACAUGAUCUUCUCAAGAAAGUGCGGAAUCUUCGCCAGAGACUCACAGCCCAAGCUCGGAACCGCUGUCAGUCCCCUCAUCUUUUGGUGACAUAGAAGGCAUUUCACCUUGAAACAAUCAGAGAGGUAUCUUUUGUAAAUCAAUGGCACUGAUUUUUCAAUUAUUUAUUCUAAAUUUUUAUAAAGGUUAUCCUUUUGUAUAGAGAAAGAUGUCUAUAAAAUUAUGUUUUCUAUUGAAUUAUAAUGCUUUGGGCCUGUAAAGGGCCUCUGGAAUACUUCACAAUAAAGGUGUUUAGAAACUGUUAAA